AUGUCCGCUGACGUGCAGAGGAAUUUAGAUGCAGUUAGUACAUCAGGUGAAGGCGAUGCCGCCGGUGCAGCUGACGACAGUGCAAAGAAAGCGGAGAAUCCAUGGGCAUCUCCUCGUCAG